AUGUUGGGUCGAGUCAUCUUGUUGGGACUGGCGGUUACUGUAACAGCGAAGGACGUUUUGCCAGGUGAGGAAAUGAAUAGUAGAGGUAGUAAGGGAAGGUUUUUGGGAGACAAUUAUGAGAUUUCCUUAUAAUUUUGUAAUUUAGUUUUUUUUAAUCUAACGGAGGCGUCAAAGUUUCUACUAUAAAUCAAUUUUAUCUGCCCGAAAUUGAAUCAAAAAUGGCCAAGGAAUCUUUUUCUGUCGGCGCUCUCCGCAUUUUGCGUACCCUGCCAAAGUUUGUUGAAUUUCUCAGCUAAAACUGCAAGGCAAGAAACGAAAUUUACAAGAGUUAAUGUCUGGUCUGCAUAGCACUUGUAUUCAAAAUUUUUAAAAAAUCUGAGUGCUGAGAAAAUUUUAUUAAUGAAUUUCCUUCAGCCGACUGCCAUUGCCGAGAUUGGUAUGGAGGUUGUCGACAACAGGGAGAUGGAUGGGUAGAUGACUUUGUUUGGGCUUUCAGAUGCAACGCAAAUGAUGGGUAAGCUUUCGUAGCCUUCAAAAAUACCAUAGGGUUUAGUUCUCCCGCCGAAUUCACUGGAUGUAUGUUACCAGAUUCCAAUCAAGUCCUGCCAGUUGGAGCCAACCAAACUAUUGAUGGAUUCUGGCACUCUUGCGAUGCUAAUCAAAUCAGAUUGAAGUAUGAACAAGGUGGGAAUUGAAAUUUACUUUUAGUCGCAUCAAGACUUAAAAUUUUUUUUCAAAUCUUGAUGUAAAUUUGACCUUAUUUCAGAGCCAAAAUGCGUGAUCAACGGGACGAUUACAAAGCACGUCGGUGAAAAGUUCCGAGAUGGCAUUUUCAACUGGCUCUGUUUGGAGACUGGUCGAUGGGUGAAGGGUAAAAUACGAUGCACAUAAUUUCCGUUAUCUUAUUUAGGCUGUUACUAUCAAAAUGAAACAAAUGAUUGGGUUUUGUUGGGAAUUGGGCAAUUCGGAUACAAUGGGUUGGUCAAACACACAUGCGAUUUGUACAAGGACAAUCCAGGAGUUGUCCAGUAUCAUGCUCAGGUAAAAUUUAGAUUAAAACUUGUGAUUUUUGAGUCUUUAAAAACAAAAAAUUAAAAAAAUUUUGAUGACUUUUUGUAAAAAAAAAAAUUAUUUAUUGGUUAGAUUUUUUUUUCAUAAACUCUAUAAAAAAUAUGUAAAAUACCUCGAAUUUUCCUCCAGGUCCGAGACGACAUUCCGCAUAAAAGCCCUCCAAACAAGGGAAUCAAUCAGAACCUUCCCCAUCCAUACGACAAUCGACUGAAACAAGAGCCAGUCAAGUGGCUUCACGAGAAUGCCAAGCAUUUCAUUGCCAACGACAACAAGUACAUUGCGGUUAUUCGAUAUCUGCCAGCGAGUUUGAAGAUUAAUCGACCGCAAUUUCUGUAA